AUGACUUCUUCAAUAUCGCUCGAGUUAGUGACGAAUAAUGCGGUCUAUACUCGGCAUGAAGACCAGAAUGCAACAAAUGUCACCUGCCUAUUUCCUAGAUCUGACUCUGGAUAUGGAUCAAUAGAUGGAGGCUCUGCAGACUCGCCAAUCUCGCCCCAUCACUCUAGGGGCAGCUUUGUUUCGCAUAGUGAUGAGCUUGAAAUUGGAUCAUAUCAUGGCCCAAGAACAUCAGCCGAGAGAUCCAAGGCGGAGGCUUCAUGCGCUAUACCAGAACGACUGCCGAAGCUAUCUCAGGGCUCAUGCUCAGGUCUGGCGCGUUAUCGCCCAUUCCUGGCGUGGAAGCCGCAGCAGUUGAACCUAGCGUCCGGUAGCAAAGAUGUCACGAGUACGCCCCCCUUUCGACAGAAAUGUGGCGGUGGAUGUCUUCGCACUCCAGACAGAUUUGUGCCUCGACGGGAUAGUGAUGAGCCCAGCAGGCAGGUGUAUCAGACAACAAAGUCUCUUCAAGACCUCUCCCCGACCGAGAAGUUGCUGAGAAGGAAGAGGGCUCCUUUGAUUCCAUUCUCAACGCCGCAGCGUCCUCAAGCACAUGUUUUUGGCGAAACUCGCGUAGCAUUGGCUGGUCAAUCCCAGGGCCGAGCGAUGAGCCCUCCUUCACUCAUCUACUCGGCCACGAGACAGCCAAGCCAAGGAAACGUAUGGAUAGUAGGCGGCCUAGCUCCCGGAACAGAGACGUUGGAGAUAGAUCGUAACCGUCGUCGACCAGCCCGAAGUAGCACGCCGGCUCGUCUCUUCACCAUGUCUGUGAAUACAACGAGGCCCAGUCGCCGUGAUGAUGAUUCACCAUUUUACCACGGCCGCGUCGCGUCUGCGCUAAGAAUUGACCGUAUUCGCCGAGUACUGGACUUUACUUGCUGCCAGCCUGCCACCCCUGAUUUUCCCAUUCGCGCAAUGUCCAUGUUAGCAGACGUGGAGCAUGCUUCUUGGACAUGCGCGAAUAAUGAUAACGAUAUAUACGAGAGUCCCCGGAAUUACACUCCGUCGCCACGUCGGUCUCUUCCUGCGGCUCCCUUCAGGGUUCUCGAUGCCCCGGACCUGCGUGAUGAUUAUUACUGCUCCGUGUUGGCCUAUUCACCAGUCUGCCAGAAGCUCGCGGUCGGCCUCGGAAAUGUCUUAUAUGUCUGGUCUGAAGGGACGGGGCCUCGGCCCAUGCAUGGAUCUCCUUCGAAUAAUGUAUGGCUGACAUCGGUAUCCUUCUCCUCUGUUCAAGGAGGGAACUGCAUCCUAGCUAUCGGGCGUUCAGAUGGAUCCUUGGUGCUCAAGUCCAUCUAUGAUAGUCUCUCCCGCUUCCAGGUACAACAGCCUUUUCCAAUAUCAUGCGUGAGUUGGCGUCCGAUAAACACCAUGAGGCCUUCCAGAAACCCGUUUAACCCCGGCAUUGCCGUGCAGACUGAAGAUUUGGUUGUCGGUGAUGAUACCGGUGUGAUAUACUACUAUGUAGUAGAGUGGCCGAUGGGCUGGGAGGUUACACGAGAUACCUGGCCUGGGACAAUUUAUCUUAUUGCUAGAGUUUCACCCCAUAGCCAGCAGAUAUGCGGUCUGGCCUGGUCACCAAACGGGAAGCUUUUUGCCUCUGGGGGAAACGAUAAUCUAUGCUGCCUCUUUAAUACAGACAGCGUGCUUGUCGAAAAACAGGAAUCCGCCCCAAACAGCUCACGAUGGUCGGGAUGGCAUUUGGCAACUGAAAGCACCAAAGUAGGUUAUGAGGAUGCAGUCGACGACCGCCCCGCAAGGCCAUUGUCCACCCCAAUCCGGAGACUGGGCCCUGGAUCAGAGAAGCAUCGCUGGAUACACAAAGCUGCAGUCAAGGCCAUUGCAUUUUGCCCUUGGCGCGAAGGACUGGUUGCAACGGGUGGUGGGUCUAAUAAUAAAUGCAUCCACUUCUUCCAUACAACUUCAGGCUCAGCUUUAGCUACCAUUGCAGUUUCGGCUCAGGUGACAGCUCUUAUUUGGUCAUCGACGAGACGUGAGAUCGCUGCUACCUUUGGAUAUACAGAGCCAGAGCAUCCGUACCGCAUUGCCAUUUUCAGCUGGCCAGAAUGCAAGCAGGUUGCAGCGAUUCCAUGGGAGGGAGAACUUCGUGCUCUGUACGCCAUCUCUUAUCCCCGACGCUCGGCAAAGUCAAACACAGCGCACCCUGAUCGAAAAUCUCGCGAGGGAUGCAUUGUUGUUGCUUCAAGCGAUAAGAGUGUGAAAUUUCAUGAAAUUUGGUGUAAUGAAGGGAAGAUCGUAGGAAGGGGAACGGGGAUGCUGGGAGGUAGUGACAUUCUCGAAAGUCUGGAGGGUAUUGACAAAGAAGGGGAUGUGAUUCGGUGA